CUGCACAGCGAGUGGAGCCACUAGCUCAGUGUAUUCGCUGCCGUUUGCAAUUCAUUUUUAAACUCCAAGUAAAUAUCGCAGAAAACCUAUCAUGAAGCUGGUAACUGUGUUUUUGCUGGUGACCCUCAGCAUCUGCAGUUACUCUGCCACCGCUCUCCUUGCCAACAGUUUGCCACAAGCUGUCAACAAUGCCUUACCUUUACCUGUGGACGACCUUCUCCCCUUUUUGGAUCCAUUAAAGCUUCUUCUGAAAACUCUGGGCAUUUCUGUUGAGCACCUUGUAGAAGGGCUAAAAAAGUGUGUGACUGAGCUGGGACCAGAGGCCUCUGAGGCAGUGAAGAACUUCUGGAGGCCCUGUCGCAUUUGGUGUGAUGGCAGCACUAAGCUCUGAUGGAGGAGAAGGGGAAGGUACUCCCCUUCUUGCGGGCUGGAACUCAUUCCAGCCUAAGAUGUGGUGACCCCUGAAAACAAUGAAUAAAGCAAUGAAUAGA